AUGGAAUUCCAAGCUGUGGCCGGACAGCGCUUGGUCCUAAAUCAGGAUGACUCCGUUACCGCCUACUUCGACCACUUUAUCAAGAGUGACAGAGAAGGAAGGUUGAUUCUAGUGGCAUAUCGCGAUGACAUGGCGCAGUACUUUCCCUUCGUCGUUUUUCCACCGUCGAUGAGCCUAGAACAGCUGAAAGCAGAGAGGCCUUUCUUGUGUAUGGCUAUCAUGAUGGUGGCAUGUCGACAUGAUAUAGCGCGCCGGACGGCGAUGAUCAAAAGAGUCAGAGAGAUCGUCAGUCAGAGAACAGUGGUCCAGGCAGAGCGGAGUUUGGAUAUACUUCAAGGACUUCUCGUUUGUCUUGGUUGGCACCAUUUCCAAUCUCAGCUGGGACCAAGCCUAGCCAGUUUCGUGUAUUUGGCACUGACCGUGAUGACGGACCUGGGCUUGAAUAAGCAGGUUGUCCAGUCAAGAUUUGCCAAACCACAACGGGAAUACUUCGCCGCGAACGGGAUAAUGCACGUUCAUGCUCCUCGAACACUAGAUGAAAGAAGGGCUUUCUUGGGUUGUCUUUACUUGACCUCUAUUGUUUCAAUUUGUGCACGAGACAUCGAGAGGAUAAGAUAUACUAAAUAUGCUGAUGAAUGUUGUCGCUCGAUAGCGGAAGCCGCUGAAACUCCCACAGACCUCUACUUGCUGGAACUAAUCAAGAUAUGCCGGCUGAGUGAGAAAAUCAACCAAACCGUAGGUCCCGAGAACUGGGACAUGCCUUCAGGAUUGUCAUCUCCAGUAGGAGCUAGUGUGACAGCCUUGCACGGUGAAUUGCAAAGCUUGAAAGCUACAAUACCACCGACACUGCUUGAGAAUGUUUUUGUUGCUGACAUCGUAGACCUCCUUCUAUUACACUACCACAUCACCGAAACAGUCUUGUUUGAGAUCGCGCUCGACAACAGCAUCGACUCCACACAAUAUGGCACAUAUCCCGUCUCUCGGCUCACUAUGCUCUUCGCAUGUCUUACUUCGACGCAACACUUUUUCGAAACAUUCCACCGUUUAUCAGUAACCGUCUAUUUCGACCUACCAUACUCUACAUGGUCGCUCCUUACACACCAGAAUGUCGUCUUGUCAAAAUUGUCCCUCUUUGUCGGAGACGGCUGGGAACAGACGUACGUUGCCAACACUUUAGACUUCUUUACAAUUUUAGACACAUUUACAGCUAAGGUCGAAGAGGCAAAAAUAUACGCUAUGCAAUAUUGCCAGCAGGAAAGCGAGACAGGGUACGAUAGGCUGCUGCGCGAGAUCCCGGUGUUUUUCGAUAGUAUAGCAGCCCGAAUCCAUGAAGCAAAGACUGUUCACCAAAUGAUCCGAACAACACAGUCGCAAGCCCCAACGCCAAAUAUUACCAAGACGGGAGCGACAGAUACCACACUGGAAUUUGCGGACGAGUUUGGCAUUCAGAACAAUAUGUUGUUCGAAUUUCUUGAUGAUGGAUUCUGGCAAAGUUAG